UAUCAGGUAUAAUAACACAGAGGACAUUCUUACAAUUGAGAUAAAAGAGAACCUUACCCGCGCUUACCACUACGCAUAACUGAUAACGCCAUGGAUCCGCUAAGCAUCACUGCAAGUGUGAUCGCCGUUGCAGGGCUCGCGACGCAAAGCGCCAAGGCCAUUUACAAGGUGAUAGAUGGCUUGGUAGAGGCACCACAAGCUAUCAACCACUCGAAGACUCUCAUCACAGGAACACAACACGCAUUGGAUACUCUUACAGGGGCGUUACAAACAAACCAAGAUAUGCAGGCCAGGUUUGGGCCUGUUCUGCAAUCCACCAACCUCUAUGAAACGUUGGCUUCUACCCAAGACCUAUGCGAGAGAUUCAAUACAACAAUUACAAUGCACACGAGCCAUUCGACAGAAUCGAGAUUCAGCACUCGAGAUAGAUUCCAACUAUCCUUGAAAGAGUCACACAUCGUUCGAUUCAAUGCUGAAUUGGCUGCUUGUCAAAGAACAGUGUCUCUAGUUGUCGAGUCGAUUACAUUGAUUGUGUCUCAUCGUACCUCGAACGACGUCCAACAAUUAAGCGUACGGUUCCAAGCCCAAGAACAAGCUCUCUCUACUUUGGCUGCAGAACUAUCCAAGAAGCCUAUGACCCUAGAAGGCGAUAAUCCUGUACAAAGCACAAUGGGCGGCAACGAGCAGGCGAGCCUCCAGUUAUUUGCCAUAUUACUAAAAACUUGCGAGGCUGCUUUUCGAGCCACUCAAGCAAAGCGCACAGGUCAGACCUUUGGGGACAUGCAAGUAGAUCAGUCCGUUGCUAUGCAAGGUAUAGUUGGCGAAGCUCAGAGGAGAGUAGAUCAGUCAUUUGGCAAAUUGUCAGUGCAGAAUAACAGCAAGGCAUUCCAAGGGCAGAUGGAUGCGAACUCUUUCUCCUGUAUGUUUGGAUAAUGUGGGUUGGUCAAAUGACUACAUCGUUUUUUUAGCCAAGUGUAGUGUACUGGUAUGAGGCGGGGAAAGUCUGGAUUGACAAGGCUCAUGACGA